CCUCUCUCUCCCCCCCCCCCCCCCCCGAGAAAAUAUCACAAGUCUCUUCUUCUUCCGCCAUUGAAGGAUGCUUCUGCGCAGCGCAUCAACGCCACUGCUGAACUCCUUCACGCCCCACGCAUCGAAGGAUUCCUCGCCGGAGUCGGAGUCCGUGGCCCAACUCCCCCGUACCCGAUCCAUAACCUUGACCGCCUCUUCCUCGGGCUCUUUCUCGCCCGUCGAUCAUGAUCACUCCCCGAAGAGAAUGAGCCGGGCCUUAUCAGAGUCGAACCUCCGUGACCUCGCGGUGCCGAAGAAGAAGCCGCCUCUCGCGAGGGCACUGGACGGGCUUGCCGUGGAGGAAGAGGAGAAGGAUCUAGGAGGGCUCGCGCUUGAAGAUGAUGGAGGCUUGAGGAUCGGAUCCUUCGGCGGGAUGUUCUUGGGGUCGGGACUGGACAAACUUUGCGAUGUAGGGGGCACGGCCGGCGGCGGCGGUUCGGAUGGUGGAGACGGCGGUCAUGGGGGGUUUGGUAAUGGGUGGGAGAACGAUAGGGGGAAUGAGAGCACGGACGCGUAUUACCAAAAGAUGAUUCGGGCCGAUCCUGGGAAUCCUCUGCUCCUCAGCAAUUAUGCCAAGUACCUUAAAGAGUUGCGUGGAGAUCUAGUAAAGGCUGAAGAGUACUGCGGGAGGGCGAUUCUUGCGAACCCGAAUGAUGGUGAUACUCUUUCCAUGUACGGGGACUUGGUAUGGCAGCAGCAUAAGGAUGCUGCACGUGCAGAGACCUACUUCGACCAAGCCGUCAAGGCUUCCCCCGAUGAUUGCUAUGUUAUGGCUUCUUAUGCUCGGUUUCUUUGGGACGCCGAGGAAGAUGACGAUGAGGAGGUGGCGGAAGAGCCGGCGGGGACAUCACCUCCUAGUUUCUUCCAUGGAAUUCCUCCAUCAGUCCCUCCCAUAGCUGCUGCCUCUUAAGCUCCUCCCUCUCCCCAUCUCUCUCUCAUGUAAUAUCAGCUCAUCCAUAACAGUUUUGACCUUCCUUUUGUAUUUCGCAUUAACUUUUUAGUUAGCUUUUACAUCCUACUGAGUAGUAUUCCAACAGAAUGUAUAAAAGAGAAUAAGAAAUGGAAAUCAGUUCUCUCUUCUUACUUGUC